AUGCAGGCAUCGGUGACGUCUUUAAUAAGAUGGGGAACAACAAACAUCGUUGCAAUCUCUAAUGAAGGCUGUUGUGAUGCAAUAUAUGUUGCUGUUGAUACGAGUGCUACAAGUCUUGAAGAUGAAGGAUUUAUAAUGAAAGAGGACGCAACAAAAUUUUUCUAUAUGGGGAGUUGCAAUGUAUUGGCAACUAUGGCGGGAAAUUCCGCGGAUUGUGAAAAUAUGCUAAGUAGUUUGAAUGGCGUAAUGGAACGUGCAUGUGAGACAGUAGUUAAUAAUGGCAUCCAUUGUGCACCACAAAUAGCCCGUACCUAUAUUCGCUCGUGGGAAACAUGCUCGACACCUCAUGAUGGAGUGCAUUACAAAACCAAAUCCGAAGUUUGCAAUGGAUUUGCGAAUGGAAGCGGUAGUGAUAAGAGCAGUGGAUAUCUCCGCGUGUUUAAGGUAAACAAAACAGACACUAUAGAUGUAUAUCGACGAUCGGUUCUGGAAGCGCUUUCUAAUCAUAACGAUGCCUUAGCUAGUUAUCUUCACAAGUCAUUGUUCUUUCUCUUUCCCACUAAGCAUUACAAGUAUACACAUGAACAUAAUGUGAAUGUGGACAAAGUAUUCAGAGAAAUAUUUCCAGAAGAUUAUGUGCAGAAUGUUGUCGUAAAGAAAGGAGAAGAAUACACUGUAAGACUCGUACAUUUUAACAAGCCAGUUGAUGAACUAUAUGAGCAGCUGAGAAUAGAAAAUCUUGAACGUGAUGUAAGUCCUCAAUUGGAAGCUCAAAUGGAACAAGUUGGUCUGGAACAAUUUCAGAAGGGAGCUAUUUUGUUUGGUAUGCCGACACAGAUGUUGGUGGCAGGUUUAAUAGACGUGUUGCGCGUCUAA